AGUUCAACCAACCAACAGUGGGCAUUAUGAAUAUUUCUCUGGGAGUGAGGUAUAGUAUACAGAUGCGUGACUACUUGUCGCUAAAUAGUUUUUUUUAUUUAAACUAGCUAAUUGCAGGUACAAUUCUGGUCCUUGUUGUUUUUAACAUAGCAUUUGAGAUCUGUUCCAGUUUUUGAUCAUUUUGAUGUAGUGUCGCUGCUAAAAGAUGCCGCAGCCGAAAUCCCGUAAAAUCGCCGUCCUAGGCUACAGAUCCGUCGGUAAAUCCUCCUUGACAAUACAGUUUGUGGAAGGCCAGUUUGUGGACUCAUAUGACCCAACCAUUGAAAACACGUUUACAAAGAUGAUCACAGUGAAUGGGCAGGAGUACCACCUGCAGCUGGUGGACACAGCGGGACAGGAUGAGUACUCCAUUUUCCCACAGACCUACUCCAUAGACAUCAACGGAUACAUUUUGGUGUAUUCUGUCACGUCCAAUAAAAGUUUUGAAGUAAUAAAAGUUAUCCACGAAAAAUUAUUGGAUAUGGUGGGUAAAGUACAAGUACCCAUCAUGUUGGUGGGGAACAAGAAAGAUCUACACAUGGAACGUGUAAUCAGUUGUGAAGAAGGCAAAGCACUGGCUGACUUGUGGAACGCAGCGUUCAUGGAGUCCUCUGCAAAAGAGAACCAGACGGCGGUGGAGGUGUUCAAGAGGACCAUCCUGGAAGCGGAGAAAAUGGAGGGGGGAGCCCCCCAGGGCAGGACGUCCUGCUCCCUGAUGUAACCAUCCGCCCCGGGCCCUCGCACCCCGUCCCCAACCACAGCACUGGACACUGGGAAAUCCCUCUACUUGAAGUGGCUAACUACCUGUUCUCCUCCCUCGAGAAACGUCUUAUUUUUUUUGUGUUUUUUGGGGGGGGAAGGACAGAGGAAGACUUCGACAUUAAGAGUAAUUAUCCAUCCCAGCUUAGAGUACACUCGUCUCACCCCCCCUCCCUCCCUGACUUCCCCUUCUUCUGAGAAACCAAACGUGGUGAAAUAUCGAGCCUUACUUCUCAUUUAAAGCCUGUAAUCUCGUUGCUACCUGAACCCCACCCCCUGCCUUCCCCUUGAAAAGUUUGUAUAACAACGUAUUUCUUAAGUUAUUAUUAUGGCCACUACAGUUGGCCAGCAUUCAUUCACUAGUAUAGUGAAUGUUGAUUCCCUUUUUUUUUAUUGUAAUCAUUAAAUCUGCAUAUUGUUUCACUACA